AUAAAUAUUUUAAUAAAAAAAACUCACUUAAAAAGUGCCAAAUUAAUAAUAGCUUUUUGUUAUGUCUUUUAAACAAUUCCGUCUUAAUAUCUUUUCGAAAAGCACUUUUUUCCCAAUUAUAUAUAUAAAAAGUCACAUUUUCAGUUCAAGACGAUCAAACACAUUAACGAGAGGUUUCAAUAAUGUUUUCGACUCCUGUCAUUUGUUUCUUACUCUUGAUUUGCAGUCUGUACACAACUGCUGCCAUGGGCAACGCUGGUUGCAGCCAAGUCUGCACUAGGGAAUAUGAGCCAGUUUGCGGUACCUUAAAGUCGGGCGAUAAACUUAUGCAUUGCAGUUUUCCAAAUAAAUGCCUUUUAAACGUGAGGAAAUGCAAACACCAUGAAGAUUGGUCUAUGAAACCGGGAGUUUGCUUUAAGGAUACUAAAAACUGCCGUACUAUACUGACAGACUAACGUAACGUAAUC